AAAAGUGGGGACCACAAGCGUAGUUCUGAUUAAUCUUCAUUUUUUAUUCCUUUAGCGAUAAGCCAGAAGCAAGUUCAGAAACCAGAGUGCGUUUGGAUUUUGAAAACUCCAACUCUUCCACUCAAAGAGUGAGUUGUUUCAAACCUCCUUUUUCCAACCUCUAAAAAUAGACCACAGUGUCGUGGCAACAACGCUACUUAUUAUUCUCUCAUCAUGUCUAAUCAACAACAGCCUCUAUUACUUGAAGAAACCGCUUACGAUUCAUCCGAAAAAGUAAUCGUAGUUGGAGACGAAGAUUACGAAGCUGACGUGGACAACGGUAUUCGAAUCCCACCUUUUUCAUGGAAGAAACUAUGGCUAUUCAGUGGCCCUGGUUUUCUAAUGAGUAUAGCUUUUCUAGAUCCUGGAAACUUGGAAGGAGAUCUUCAAUCUGGUGCUAUUGCUGGUUAUUCUCUUUUAUGGCUUCUUAUGUGGGCCACGGCUAUGGGACUUCUUAUUCAGCUUUUGUCUGCAAGGUUAGGUGUUGCUACUGGUAGACAUUUGGCUGAACUUUGUAGAGAUGAGUAUCCUAGUUGGGCUAGGAUUGUUCUUUGGUUGAUGACUGAAGUUGCUUUGAUUGGUUCUGAUAUUCAAGAGGUUAUUGGAAGUGCUAUUGCUAUUAGGAUUUUGAGUAAUGGUCUUGUUCCUCUUUGGGCUGGGGUUGUCAUCACAGCUUUAGAUUGUUUUAUUUUUCUCUUUCUUGAGAACUAUGGUGUGAGGAAAUUGGAAGCAUUUUUUGCUGUUCUGAUUGCUAUAAUGGCUCUCUCAUUUGCAUGGAUGUUUGGUGAAGCAAAGCCAGACGGGGUUGAUGUUCUUGUUGGUAUUUUGGUUCCUAAACUUAGCUCCAGAACUAUACAACAAGCUGUUGGAGUUGUAGGUUGCAUUAUUAUGCCUCACAAUGUAUUCUUGCAUUCUGCUCUUGUUCAAUCAAGGCAGGUUGAUCCGAAAAAGAAAGGCCGUGUUCAAGAAGCUAUAAAUUACUACUCCAUAGAGUCUACCAUUGCCCUUGUUGUCUCCUUUGUCAUCAAUAUAUUCGUCACAACUGUGUUUGCUAAGGGCUUUUAUGGUACCGAAAUAGCGAAUCGCAUCGGUCUGGUAAAUGCAGGGCAGUACCUUCAGGAGAAGUAUGGAGGUGGAGUAUUCCCAAUCCUGUAUAUAUGGGGUAUUGGGUUAUUAGCAGCUGGUCAAAGUAGCACUAUUACUGGUACAUAUGCUGGACAAUUCAUCAUGGGUGGUUUUCUGAAUUUGAAGUUGAAGAAAUGGAUAAGGGCGUUGAUUACGCGGAGUUUUGCAAUCAUCCCAACCAUGAUUGUUGCUCUUAUAUUCGAUACCUCAGAGGAUUCAUUGGAUCUUCUGAAUGAAUGGCUCAAUGUUCUUCAGUCAGUGCAAAUCCCCUUUGCAUUGAUUCCCUUGCUUUGUUUGGUGUCGAAGGAACAGAUAAUGGGCACCUUCAAGAUUGGGUCUGGCCUCAAGAUUAUAUCCUGGCUUGUGGCUGCUCUGGUGAUAGUGAUAAAUGGCUAUCUUUUGCUGGAAUUCUUUUCCUCUGAAGUGAAUGGAGCAGUGCUCACCACUAUUGUGUCCACAAUAACAGCUGCAUAUGUUGCAUUCAUAAUUUACCUUAUUUCAAGUGCCUUUACCUUUUCACCUUGGCAAAGUUUAACUCAAUCAAAGACAGUUGUUACCGCGGAGAGUUAAGCAGUCACAAAGACAUUUGCUGCCACGGAAAGUUCAGCAGUCAAUCUUUUAUUCCUUAAAAUCAUGAAGUAGGACAUGCUAUAUGCUGCUAAAGGAUUUUUAAUUGAUAUUUUUGCCCUAUUCUCAUUCGGCAUACUAAUGCUUGUUAUUUGUAUAAUAACUAACUUGCAAUGAUUCAGGCGCAGUAGUACCUUAUUGGUUGUCUGUACUUCAAUGAAACAAGUCAAAGUAGAUGUUACUGCACUACUGUAAAAUUUUAUUUACAAUGAAGCUUUAAUCAUACCUUUUAAAACUAUGAUGUUACGGAUGUUA